AUGCCACGUGGAAGUAGAAUCCGCAGAUCCCGGGUGUGUCCUUCGAGGAACCGGGCCCCUCAUAUGAGGGCUGCUCCCAGAAGAGCACCUGCAGCUCAGCCUCCAGCAGCAGCUGCACCAUCUGCAGUUGGCUCACCUACCACUGCACCCCGGCAGCCAGGCCUAAUGGCCCAGAUGCACACCCUGGGUCACGUCAUCACUGGGGGCUUCAGCGGAGGUGGUGAUGCCGAGCCUGCAAAGCCUGACAUCACUUACCAGGAGCCUCAGGGAGCCCAGCUGCAGAACCAGCAGUCUUUUGGACCUUGCUCUCUAGAGAUCAAGCAGUUUCUGGAGUGUGCUCAGAACCAGAGUGAUGUCAAGCUCUGUGAGGGCUUCAACGAGGAGCUGCGGCAGUGCAGGAUUACAAAUGUGGACCAUCCCAGGACAGUGGAUCAUGGAGAGAGGAACGUCAAGAGAAGAAAAUAUAAUGAGGGUUUUUUACAGUAUGGUUUUACCUUAAUUGUCAUAGUAGGAAUUGAGAGACCACAGUGCGUCAUUUGUGGGGUUGUUCUAUCAGCGGAAUCUAUGAAACCAAACAAACUGAAAUGCCAUUUUGAGAGCAAGCAUUCCAGCUUUGCUGGCAAGGAUACCAACUAUUUCAGAAACAAAGCUGAUGGACUCAAGAAAGCCAGACCUGACACUGGCAGCAAGUCCUGCAAACAGAACGUGGCAGCCGUGGAAGCCUCCUUUUUGGUGGCCCUCAGAAUCGCCAGAGAUAUGAAAUCUCACACCUUUGCUGAGCAUCUACUGUUCCCGGUGGCCAAAGACAGUGUUCGAGUCAUGAUCAGAGACGAGUUUGUUACGAAGUUGAGUGCAGUUUCCUUAUCUAACGACACUGUCCGAAGAAGAAUACAUGACAUGUCUGCUGAUAUUCUUGAUCAGGUAAUCCAGGAAAUUAAAUCUGCUCCACUUCCAAUAUUCAGUAUCCAGCUCGAUGAAUCGACAGACGUUGCAAACUGUAAACCUCUUGAAAGGGCAGCUACCGCCCUUGAUGUAUUUGAGGCCGUUGCCUCAUUUCUGAGCCAGCAUAAGAUCUCUUGGGAAAACAUCUGUGGUGUCUGCACAGACGGUGCCCCAGCUAAGCUGGGAUGUCAGUCUGGGUUUCAGCGGUUGGUCCUGAAUGAGUCACCGAAAGCCAUUGGAGCUCACUGUAUGAUUCAUCUGCAGACAUUAGCGGUGAGGACGCUGCCACAUGACUUACAGGAAGUGAUGAGAAGCGUCCUGAGUUCUGUCAAUUUCGUAAAGGCGAGCUCUCAGAACAGUCAACUGUUUCUGCAACUGUGCAGUGAUUUAGAUGCUCCGAGCAAAGCCCUG